CACAUCCUCCAACAGCUAUUUCAAAUAUGAACUGCUCUUAGUGUAAAACAGAAUCCCCUUCCUCUCACCUUAAACCUGCGUCUCUAGAUGUUGAUACCCGACCAUGGGUAGGGUUGCUGAGAGACUGUUUAUCCUGAGGCAUGACAUAGACAUGAAGAAGAUUAAUCUCAUCUAUCUGUGCCUUUCAUAAUGCUAUGCACUUCCAUCCGGCCACGCCUCCGCCUGAAACCCACCUUCUCCGGUGUAACCACGUGCUAUUGUGCGGAGAGGAGACUGCACACAACACUCCCUUGGAAAUAAAUGUCUUUGCCGUCAUCUGAUUGUGCGGCAAGGCUGGCCCGGUGAGUUGCCACCCUCUAUCGGGCUGGACCCAGUGACGAUGAAGGGACAAACUGUUUCCAGGCCAGUCUGUGGGAGACUUGGAGAGGAACCUGCAGGUGGUGGUGUUCCUGGGUAUGGAAAUCCUUUGUCUCGGCGACAGAGGAAUGUGUCUGAGUGUGGCGGAGUUGAGUUGCAGGUGUGCAGUUCACAUGUGGACCGUGUGCUGUCAGUAAUGGGCGGUCUGAGGAACAUCUCCUACUCCUUCUCUCCAGAGAUGCUGUCUGGGCCGCUGAGUUACCACGUUUUAGUGUCUAUCUUCGGGAAAUGGUCGCUGUGUGGAACCUGCUUCUCAACAGCAUUCAAUGCACUUUAGAUCCAAGGCUGGUGGAUUUCUGAUUACUGAAGGAAUAUAGAGUGGAAUCACAGACACACCAUCAUGGUAUAGGGGCAGAAACAGCCUGUUCACACAUGAUAGCCCGGUGGGAACAAGCCCACCCACCGCCUGCCUGCCCGCCUGCUGGUGCUCCAAGUUUGACGACUUCCAGCCUUCAAUGGGUCACUGAGAGUAUUUAUACCGACGCAUGACAUGGACAUUCGUUUGGACAAAUUAGGGAACUGAAAUGAAGUUUUAAAAUAAAACCUGAGAGUCCGGAAAAUAUAUGAAGCACCUAUUGUCUGGUACUGACCAAGGAAAAUAACAAUAGAAAGAUCAGUUCCCCUGAUGUUUGCAUUCAGGGAUAGCGUGCGGGUUACUAGACCACCCUCUGGGGUGACCCUGACCGUGAGAGCAAACCCCUGCCAUCAGAGGGUUGCCUACCCCAAUGCUGCGCGGGCUGCCGAGACCCCGAGCCGGGAAUGAUUCUGCUCUCCAGCCCUGCAUCCAGAUCCCGCCUGUCUCCUCCACCCAGUGCCGUGCGACCUCUCGCCCUCCCAUGCUCUCUCCUCUCUAUUCCACCCUCUCUAUUCCUCCCUGCCCAGCCUGAAGCGUGUCGCUGCGCAUCCCUCUGCCGGCAACUCAAGAAGCUCGUUACCGACUCUCUCUCUUGCUCCCUCCUCUCCCCGCCCUCCAUACGUUCAUCUCCACUCGCCCCCCCCCUCACCACUUCUCCUGCCCAUCCCUCGGUCCUUUCCCCUCCCCUGCCUCUGACUGGGGUGGGGUGGGGUGUGGAGGUGAGGGCAGCGGGGGAGGAUUCACCCAUUUUCCGCCUCUGCUCCGGGUAUAAUAGUCGGAGCCGCUGCGGAGUCCGGAAACCACGAUUCCCACUUCCAGAGAAGGUUCGGGACCGAGCGGAGCAGCGCAUCCACCCAGAGAAUGCCUGGGGAGCGACUCUGCACUGCUUUGCGGAUCACAGCGAGCACCCUGUUUGCCUUGUCUGUCCUGGUUGCCAUUACCUGCACCUACAUCAAAGGCUAUCAGUUUGGCUACACAGAGAACUACCACCUGUCCUUUGGGCUGUACGGGGCCUUCCUCACUUUGCACCUCUUCAUCCAAAGUUUAUUUGCCUUCCUGGAGCAUCGGAGAGCCAGGAAGGAGAACAGGCCCCUCAAAUUCACCAAGUCAGUGGCCCUGUGCAUCGCCGCCUACCAGGAGGACCCUGACUACCUGAGGAAGUGCCUGGCGUCGGUGAAACACAUCGCCUAUCCCAACCUCAAGGUGGUGAUGGUCAUCGACGGCAACCAGGAGGAGGACAUGUACAUGAUGGAGAUAUUCAACGAGCUGAUGGGUGUGGAGAACAGCGGCUCCUACAUCUGGCAGAGUAACUAUCACCAGGAGGGCCCUGGAGAGACAGAGUUUACCCAGAGCCAGGGCAAGAGCAUGGUUGAGCAGAUCGUCAGGCAGUCUGCCUUCUCCUGCAUCAUGCAGCUGUGGGGAGGCAAGCGGGAGGUCAUGUACACGGCCUUUGCUGCCCUGGAAGACUCUGUGGAUUAUAUACAGGUGUGUGAUUCAGACACAGUUCUGGAUCCAGCCUGCACUGCCGAGAUGGUGAGAGUCCUGGAUGCAGACCCCAGUGUAGGGGCAGUGGGAGGUGACGUACAGAUCCUGAACCAACACGACUCCUGGAUUUCCUUCCUGAGCAGCGUGCGUUACUGGAUGGCCUUCAACGUGGAGCGAGCCUGCCAGUCCUACUUUGGCUGCGUCCAGUGCAUCAGUGGCCCCCUUGGCCUGUACCGAAACACGCUGCUGCGCCUCUUCCUACACGACUGGUACAGCCAGCAUUUCCUCGGCUCCAAGUGCAGCUUCGGGGACGACCGUCACCUCACCAACCGCGUGCUGAACCUGGGCUUCAAGACCAAGUUUACGGGCCGCUCCCGCUGUCUGACCGAGACUCCCAGUGGCUACCUGCGCUGGCUAAACCAGCAGACCCGCUGGAGCAAGUCGUACUUCCGCGAGUGGCUGUACAGCGCCCUGUGCUUCCACAAGCACCACCCCUGGAUGACUUACGAGGCUGUGGUCAGCGGCUUCUUCCCCUUCUUCCUGACGGGCACGGUGCUACAGCUGUUCUACCGUGGCCGGCUGUGGAAUAUCCUGCUCUUCCUGCUGGCCGUGCAGGGUGUGGGGGUGUUGAAGGCGGCCCUGGCCUGCCUGUUGCGAGGCUCGGCCCACAUGCUCUUCCUGUCCCUCUACUCGCUGCUCUACAUGUCCAGCCUGCUGCCGGCCAAGCUCUUCGCUCUGCUCACCAUCAACCGGCCGGGCUGGGGCACCUCUGGACGCCGCCGCCUUGUGCUCAACCUGGUGGGGCUGCUGCCUGUGUCCGUAUGGUUCGCGGUGCUAGCCGGCGGUCUGGCCUACACCGUGUACCGGGAGUGCCAGCAGCCGCUGCCCGACACUGAGAGGCCUUUCCUCAUCGCCGGCUCCGCCAUCUACGCCUGCUACUGGCUGCUGCUGCUGGCCCUCUACCUGGCCAUCGUGGCCAAGCCCUGCGGCCGCAAGCAAGAGCUCCCCGACCAGGCCUUGCUGCAAGCCUGAGGCCCAGAUGUGUGACUGAGCCAAGCACCCAGUGGCAAGAGCUCUGUCUGUCUGUCUGUCUGUGCCGACCCACAGAGGAACGUGCAGCCUGGGCCGGGCGUUGCAAGGUCAUCCCGCAGUGGGCUCUGUCUGCCGGCCACGUCUGCUGGCCACUGGAGGGAUGGGCAUGUUCAGUAUUUGUGGAAAUGAUCUGCAAUUUGCAGCAAUGAUCAGCUGAGUUCCCACCGCUGCAGAACCGAGCCUGCCAUUCACCCCUUUUACAAUGCUGCUGUUUUUUGUAAGUAGUUUAUUUUUUUACGACACAAUAUUUAGACUAUAGCCACGGCUCCACUUGCCGGGAGUGCAUGGGCUUUACGAUUUGUACAAUACUUGGCAGUCGCGGUGCUGACUCAUUUAUCUCACUGUGAAUGGUGGUCGCUCCCUGCAGAAGGCUGGUCACAACAUCCACUUUUGUAAUCACUGACCCAGGCAUUAAACUAUGCUGAUGGUUUGGAGAAACUUAAUAAAAUAAAGAUUAUAAUAUGUGAUGUGAUAUAAUAUGUAAACCUCUCCAAAUCAUUUGAAUGACCAGGAUGAUGGUUACACGAGGAAAAGCAGGCAGCAUGUGCAGGUAACAGAUUACACUGAGGAUUUGUUUUUGCAGGGCCAUCUCUGCAUUAAUCCACAGCAACCUAUGGGAUGGGCAUUGAUCCACCUCUGGCCCCGAAGUGGAGAGCAAAGUCAAUGAAGGGCACAGAACAUGGCUGAUAACCACAAGCCCACCUCCCACAGCUACCUGGAUUCCAUCACAUCCCACCUUGCGACAGGCAAGGAAAUCAGUCAUGCACUUUCUUCAUUCUGAUGACAGCAAUUUCCAUUUUUUUGGAGAUAGCUUCCUUCCUCUGAAAGCAUGCUUCCCCUUCACUGUAGUUGACAUGUCUCUGAAGCAGCCAGUUUCUGACAGGGUUCCUCACAACCUUGCCUUCCUUUCCAUGGUUACUGUGCUCCGUCUCCUUAACAUCCCACCACCUGAUACGGUUACAGAGAGGGUGGGAAAGGUAUAGGACAAAGGGAACAACACUAACAGAUUGAUUUGAUGAUAAACUUGAUGAGGUCAUCUCAUUGUUAGGAUGAUCCAGGAACUUUUUAGAGAGAACACAGGAACAAACAUUGGGAAAAGCAAAACUAUUGGAAAAGCCCAGUGGGUUUUCAACACAGGCUAUUUAACACAGAGAUGGGAGACUGAGAUGAUGUAGAUGAACGGCGUAUAGUACAAGGUGAUGUGGCUGAAUGUGUCUAGAAGUUUGCAAUGUACCCAGACGCGAGUGGUGCUGGCCGACAUCUCACAUCAAGCUUUUUCUAAGUGUGGAGGUUUCUCUCCAUAAAGCUGUCAUAUUUGCAACAUUCUCCUACUUCAGAUUUCAUCGCCCUGUAUCCCAGUCACAGCACACCCUUUCCUCCCUCCCCGUCGUUAUUCAUUUUCUGUUCUUUUACUCUCCCAACAGACCAGUUACAUUAACGCCUUCAUCACCCACUACCACUUUGCCCAUUCACUCUAUCCUGUGCUCCAACCUGUCACUCAGCCAAUUUCCCUUCUUCCUCUCACUCCCUGGGCCAUGUGGACCAUCUGCCCCUGGCUAAAAUCCUCGUGAAGAUUCAUGCACAAAUUCCGCAUUAAAGCCCCUCAUUACCAUUUCAAUGUUAAAUCAUAUUAGUCUAGCAGAAACUUCCUGAAUAAAUCGACAUCACUGACCUUGCUCAAUCUAAUCUGCCCCCUUUCUAACUUCUGUCCAAGUUGCUUUGCCCACAUUCCUUCGUCCACUGUUUCUUUGAACCACUAAGGCCACUUCAAGGCCAUUUCAGUCAAUGUGUUCUGAUCUACGUGAAGAUUAAGGAUUACAAAUGUGACUGCAUCUUUCCCACAGCCCCGUGCAUUGAUCAACAUUGCCCAUUGGAACAGAAGUGCUAUGUGGGUUCUGCCAAUUUGUUGAUCCUCCUGAUCUCCACCCAAACUGGCGCGACUGCCUGACCACACGAGCCCAGAUCAUCCCACACGACAUGUCAUCCUUUAUCUUGGAUUGCUAAUUCCCUCUGCAUUUUGCUGUGGAGUAUUCCGUUCCUAGCCCAGGGUGCUUUGCCACCAUUGGAUCAUGCAGACCUCUCUCUCUUCUUGGUUCUUGCAUUCAGACAUUGCCUUUAAUUUUUUUUUUUUCCCAUUUCCCCCUUUGAUCCAUUUGCUGUUUCAUCACAUCCUA